UGCAAUACGUGUUUGUUUAUAUUAUUUAAAUUAUAUACAACUUACGUUUUAAAUAAUCGUUACGGAACUAGUUCAGUUCGCACGCUAUCGAUAGCUGAGAGUUCUGCCAGUGACAUCGCUAACUGCGUUAGUUGCCCACCGCUAUUGUUUUUCAUCCUAUCAACAUGAGUGCCGUGAACGAUCCGCUGGAACUUUUGACGAACAAGGGCACCCACGAGCCUUCUUUCCUCUCGCCGAUAUGGAAUCCGAUUGCCUGCGGUGUGGCCGGCGUGGGCGCGGCCAUUUUCAUCAACUGGGGCUUCCGUAAGCCCGUGUUUUCCGGCAUCCAGAAGCACAUCGCCUUCGGAGCUAUCGGCGUCGGCGCAGGAGCUUAUUUCGAUCAGAAGAGGAACGAGUACCUGGCCAAAAGGGACGCCGUCCUCCGGCACUACAUCGAACUGCAUCCCGACGAUUUCCCGGUGAAGGAACGCAAGACCUAUGGCCAAGUGCUGGAGAGUUGGGUGCCAGUGCGCUAAGUGGAUCUAAAUCUUUGUUGUCAAACGAACGAUGGAAGUAGUUAAUAAAACAGCUUUAAUUGUAAAACAUAUGAACACGAAAAUGGAGCAAAUGGAUUGGGCAUUCUAUGGUUUUUUAUUCGAAAGGAAUUGCAUGCAUAUUAUGGACUUACAGCAUAUUGGCAUAAUGUUAUGGUUUAAAUUGAUGGAAUGUACCUAGGGCUUACAUUUUUCGCAACUAUUUAGUUUUGAAAUAAAUUUGUUAAGC